CGUACACCAGUCUCAAAGAGUGUGAUAUUUCCGACUCAGCAGACCCGCACGGCAGCGGCUCGUUAAGGUUAAUCGAGGCAUCAAGCUCUUUGAAUACGGCAGGGUCAUGGCUCCACUAUCGUUCAUACUCAGGCCAUGGCAAAUCUGGACCUUGUAGACGAUCUGGACUCGGCAUCAAAAAGCCGCACCUCGAGCUGGGCGAGUUCACUCCGGCUCGACACCCAACCACUGAGUCCUUCUCGUCUUGUUUCAUCCAUCCAUUAUCUUACCGGCCGAUUCCCACGCCGCGGAUGCCUCCCCCAUCGUCAUCAGAUAUACUCAGAAUCAGGAAGAAAAUGAAGCAUUUCAAGGGUGUGGCCUCUUUGGUCAUGGUCUUCGCCCACCGCGUCGUGGCCGAUAUCCGCCUCGCCAAUAUUCCCUCGGGCACUCCCGGCCUCAACGACACCUGCAUCGGCGUUCUCAACCAAGACAUCAACUGCAACGAGUCUUUGACCUGGGCGACUGAGAUCAACUACUAUUACGACAGUGACACGAUCAGCUCGCUGUGCACGCCCACAGGCAGGGCUGCUCUCGGCGUCUAUCUCGACGAGGUCAAGUCCGCCUGCGAGACUAGUCGUUACACCGACGACGAGAAUGGGCUCAGCUAUCACGCCGGCUACGACGCCGAGCUGGCCUGGGAGAGAUUCAACGUCUUGUGCGCGACGAACGCUGCAGGUGAGAAUUGCAACCUGCAACGCACCGGCUCGUCGGACCCCAGCGUGAUGUGCAACGAGUGCGCUCUCUCUGUCAUGAAGACACAGGUCGAGGCCCCCCUGGCCUCAAACGCCGACCUGGCGAGUGGCCUCAGCAUGAUCGCCUCGUCCUGCAGGACCACCGUCGACGUCACACCUCCCCCGUCCGCAAGCCCUGCCUGGCAGGGCAUCGACACAGUUCAGCUGCUGGCCGCGAACAACCUCGUCGCGAACUGCUUCAACUUCCCCACGGCCGCCGGGAGCACGUUCUGCAUCCCGACCGCGGCCGUCUGCAAGCCAUACGUGGUCAAGGCAGACGACACCUGCACCACGAUUGCGAACCUGGCAAAGGCUACCUGGGCCCAGAUCGUGUCCUGGAACCCGGAGCUCGGCCGGUCUUGUCAGAACGUCGAACGAUAUGUCGGCUUUGUCGUGUGCGCCUCCAACCCAGGCGGCAGCUGGGUCGAUCCAAACGCCCAGCCCACGGCCACGACCGGAUCGGGCAUUACCGCAACGUCUGACAUCGAUACCGUCUUUACCCUACCCAUAACCGCGAUUCCUAUGAACAACGGGUUUACCACCGUCGGCGUGGUCCCGAUCUGGGCCGACGAUGAGCUUUGAGGUGACCGAAGCCAACUGUCAGCGGAUCAUCAGCACACUAGUCGAAUCCAGCUCCGAGUGUGGAAUUUGACUGUUGCACUCUUGGCCGUGCAGUGAUGAAGCUCGGAAGACUCCCAAGUUAGACUCGGCUUCCGAGCUUCGCAGAAUGUACAAGCAGCUAAUUGAUGCCUAUUCAAUCUGUAAUCAUCGUUGGCGUCAUCCGUUACUUAUCUCCCUAUAACGUUAUGUAUGAAUGUUCAUGUUUACAUCCGUACAUCUAGAUGCUCCUUGGAGCUUGGAGAGAACUCACCACGAUACGAAUAUAUGCGCAAUUAAGC